UGUGGCUGCAAGUGAGAGUGGUAGUGCUCAAACUCCACUUGGUGGUGGUUCUACAAGUCAACCGAAGUCAAGAGGACCGAUGGACAAGUUUGUGUCCUCAAAAGCUCGGCAAGCUACAUUGAAUUCUUCAUUCAAGAAAGAAGAAAGACGUAAUGUGUGUAGGGCGAUUGGGCGGUUGUUCUAUACUAGUGCCAUAGCAUUUAAUGUGGCAAAUAAUCCUUAUUAUUUUGCGGCAUUGGAGCAAGUUUCCAAGUACGGCCCCGGUUUUCAACCUCCAACUAGUCAUGAGCUAAGGACUUGGAUUUUGAAGGAAGAAGUUGUAGAUGUUCAAAAAAUGAUGUUAGAGCACAAAAAAGAUUGGAGCCAUUGUGGAUGCACAAUUAUGUCGGAUGGUUGGACGGAUGGCAAAAGUAGGGUUAUACUAAAUUUUUUAGUAAAUAGCCCUAGAGGUACAUGGUUCUUGAAAUCGGUUGAUGCAUCGGAUACAAUUAAAAAUGGGGAGUUGAUGCUCAAUUAUUUGGAUAGUGUUGUGGAGGAGGUAGGGGAGGAGAAUGUGGUCCAAAUAGUUACCGACAAUGCUUCUAAUUAUAAGUGGGCGGGAAAGGAACUUAUGAAGCAUAGAAGCAAAUUGUGGUGGACUCCAUGUGCGGCUCAUUGCAUUGACUUGAUGUUGGAGGAUAUAAGCAAGUUGAAAGUCUUUGAAACUACCAUUCAAAGAGCUAAGCAAAUUGUGAAGUUUAUUUAUGGGCACACACAAGUUCUUUCCAUUAUGAGAAAAUUCACCGAGAACAAGGAGAUUAUUCGUCCGGCGGUUACAAGGUUUGCCACAUCUUUUCUCUCUCUUCAAAGUUUAUAUAAGCAAAAGGAAGCUCUCAUUAGUAUGUUUUCAUCUACCGAUUGGAAUGAAUGUGGAUGCACAAAACAUAAAGAUGCAAAUGAUGUGAGGAAGUGGAUACUUCAUGAUGGAAGUUUUUGGAACCAUGUUGCUUAUUGUAUAAAAAGUGUUCUACCACUUGUUUGUGUUUUGAGAGAGGUUGAUUCGGAAGUGAGACCCGCUAUGGGAUUUAUCUAUGAGUUGAUGGAUGCUGCAAAAGAAAAGAUAGCUAAGAAUCUUGGAAAUGUGGAAGUAAAGUAUGGUCCAAUUUGGAGGAGAAUAGAUAAUAGAUGGAGUCCACAACUUCAUCAACCAUUGCAUGCAGCGGGUUAUUACUUGAACCCUCAAUUUCGGUAUGAAGAAAACUUUUCAAAUACCGAGCAUGUGAAGAAGGGUUUGGAAGAGUGCAUGGAUAGGAUGCUAGUUGGUGAGGAUCGUAUUAAAGCGGAGAUACAAUUAGACUUAUAUGAGCGAAAGCUCGGUAAGUUUGGAAGUGAAAUGGCCUUGUCUACUAGGAAGAAGCGAUCACCCGUGUUUUGGUGGGAAAAAUAUGGGACACAAACACCGGAGUUGAUGAAUUUUGCUACUCGGGUCCUUUCCCUUACUUGUAGUGCAUCGGGGUGUGAGAGGAAUUUGAGCACUUUUGAAAUGGUAAGUUUUCUAUCACUUCUAAGUUGAAUUGUUAAUGCUAAUAGUUGCUAGCCUAUUGAAUUGUUGUAUUUUGUAUGUUGAUUGUUGAUUGUAGAUUCAUACCAAAAAGAGGAAUAGGCUUGAGCAUAAGAGGUUGCGUGCUUUAGUCUAUGUGAAAUACAAUGUUGCUCUAAGAGAUAGGACUAUGAAAAGAAAUGCCACAAUGAUCGAUCCUAUUGUUGUGGAAGAAAUUGAAUCCGAUGAUGAAUGGAUAACGGAGAUAGAGGAUCCGGUUCUUCCUACCGAUCCUAAUUGGCUUGAGGAUAGAAUAGACGAUCUAACAUUGAAUGAUGAGGCGGUAAGGAAUGUGCCAAUUGGUACAUACCAAAGUACCCUAAUAGAUAGAGAGCCUACUCCUCGUGAGGCUUCUCCUCCUCGUGAGCCUACUCCUCCUCCCCGUGAGCCUACUCCUUCUCUUGAUGAGCCUAUUGUUUUAUACAAAAGGAAAUCUAGUCAAGCACCAAGUUCAAGUAAAAGAAAGCUUCCAAGGAAAUCAAUGCGUCUUGAAGACAUUGCGGAUGAUGAUAUUAGAACCAAUCCAUAUGAAGAUACUAAUCCUCUCUUUGAGUACCAAGAUGAUGAUAGUGAUGGUGGUGAUAGUUUAAUUGGAUGGUGAUCUUCUAGUUGAUGAGGAUGAUGAUUUCGAAGCAUGAAGUAGAUUUCAACAUUUGUUCUUGAUCUUUGGUGUUAGAACUUUCUUGAUCUUUGGUGUUUGAACUUUAAAUCCUUGAUUUCAUUUUAUGUUGGUAAUUUUGUUGAAUCAUAUGCUUCUAGUACUUCAUUUAUUGUGAGUGAAUGACAAUUAGUAAUGUUCUUUUGGUUGAAUCAUAAUGUGGUAUGUAUAAGAGUAGAAAUUACAUGAA